AUGUCGCUCGGUCGCAUACCGCUGACGUUGAUCGUCACCUGCGGUCUUCACGUAUGCUUGACGAACCCCAAUCCCGGCGUGUCGGAUGAAGAGCGAAAAACGUUCGCUGGAUCCGCAGGUUUCAAGGGGAACGUUAUAACGUGGUACCCAAACAUCGUCAAGUACGCGCAAUGGGCCGGCGCCUUGUGCGAGAUUGCAGUCAUUCUUGCUAGCAAGUACCCCCACGCUCCCCCGAUGGACUGCAUAUUGUCUACCUUAACCAUGAAGCCUGAGUCCGCCGCCUCAGUUCGCGUUACACCACAAUUCCUGGCGGGUUUCUCUCUCGCCGCGAUUGGCAGCUUCAUUCGGUACCGAUGCUACCGCACGCUCGGGAGGCAUUUCACGUAUCAGCUCGCAUUCCGCAAGGACCAUCAGUUGGUCACGUGGGGCCCAUACGCCUACGUCCGGCAUCCUAGCUACAUCGCAUUUAUCACGGCUUUCGCGGGAGUGUGUGUUUGCUGGUUCAGCCCGGGGUCGUGGUUGACGGAGUGCGGAAUCCUGGAUACGCAGACCGGGAGGUGGGUCGUCGGAGUGUUGCUUGCUGUGGAGAUAUCGCUUGUCGGAAUUUGCGUGGCGAGACCCGCCCGGGAGGAUAGAGCGCUACGGAGCCAGUUUGGUGAACAGUGGGACAAGUGGGCGAGGAGGGUUCCGUACAGGCUGGUACCCUAUGUGUACUGACCUCCGUCGGAGAGUCAACGCAAAAGAGACAUGCAUGUUCAGUGUAGGGGACACAUCGUGUGU